ACACUCUCGUCCGACCGAAGCACACACCGGCGUCGUUUCGAGGUUUCCGGACAACUCAGCGACAUUUGGAUUUCCAGUCUCCUAGAUACCUCUGAACUCCGCUAUUAUUUAAAUUGCACCAUUGCAAUAACUGCACCGUAACGUAACCUAAAUUAACUAGGGUAAAUAAUCCUCGUAGACAUCGUUGCAGCGCUUGAGAAGUCAACGAGACGAUGGCUGAUCAGCUGACUGAGGAGCAGAUUGCUGAGUUCAAAGAGGCGUUCUCACUGUUCGACAAAGAUGGUGAUGGUACUAUUACCACCAAGGAGCUUGGCACUGUGAUGCGCUCACUGGGACAAAACCCUACUGAGGCUGAGCUGCAGGAUAUGAUCAAUGAGGUGGAUGCUGAUGGUAAUGGUACCAUUGACUUUCCUGAGUUCUUGACUAUGAUGGCCAGGAAGAUGAAAGAUACAGACAGUGAGGAGGAGAUCAGAGAAGCUUUCAGGGUCUUUGACAAGGAUGGUAACGGCUACAUCAGUGCAGCUGAGCUACGGCACGUCAUGACCAACUUGGGUGAGAAACUCACUGAUGACGAGGUGGAUGAGAUGAUCCGUGAGGCUGACAUCGACGGGGAUGGUCAAGUGAACUAUGAGGAAUUCGUCCAAAUGAUGACUGCCAAGUGAAGAGAGUGCUGACAUUUCUCUCAAUGUUACUUGUCCUUCUAAGAUUACUGUCUGUAAGAACCAAAAAAGGAACAAUUAUAAAAUGAUAAACCACUCCCCCCAAAAUCACUUACCUGUAGAAUUGUGCAGUUUGUGCUUCAAUACAUCCAACUACUUCUAAGGUAUCUGUUUAGCUAACACCAACAGAAUAAUCCCUAGAGAAGUUCAUGGACCAACCUUUAAGAGGGCCAAAGCCCUCCUACUUCAGACCAAGAUCCUGCUGAGUCACCCAGACCUGAUUAAUUAAGAGGAAAGAGCAACAACGAAAAGGCAGAAGAAUAAGAAAUCAGGCUAUAGUCCAUAUAGGAAAGUUGGAUAUUUUUUUUUUUUUCCAGUUAUUCUUCAACUAAGAAAACUGACUUGUCUUGCACCAGUGGUGACUCUAAUAACUAAACUGAGUACUCUUCUUGCAUGCACCCUUUGUGUGGCCAUCUUUUGUGACGACAAGGAGGCUCUGAUCCGAUCAGAGGAAGCAGUCAGAUGGUGUACUCACUGGAGGUACAUACAUAAACAUAUAGCUAUAUAUCUGUAAAAUUUGUGUCACUUUUGAUUCUUGCAAGAGCAAUUAGUCAAGAUGUAGGGUGUACAUUGGUGCUCGGCUAGAGCGAGGGUUCUUGUACCUUGAAGAGUUUGGAGAAGAAGUCUGAAAAGUGCCGGAGGUCUUCUCCCCUGUGGGAUGUAAUUUUGUUGGAGUUGUGGGUUUUACCUGGCCUACAGCGCUGAUCGCUGGCAGUAGUGUGUUGUACUGCUUCAGGAUUGUUGUGAGAACACACUUGAGGCGGUUAUGCGAAGCUGCAGUUAAUACAUUUGUUCUGCAAACGGAUAUGAUGAUACAAUAUUGAUGUAAUGCUUUUUAAAUGUGUUUUCAAAUAUUAAUGUAUUGAAGACAAACUUUGAUUACAAAAUAUAUCUCUAUAUAUAUUAGUGUAUUGUAAAGUUUGCAUUGCCUAUUGUUGUAGUAAAUGACCUGUGACACGUUUUCUCUUUUGGUUUUGAAAUGUGCCAUAAUACUCUUAAUAACACCUCAACCUUCUUGCAAGACUUGUAGGUCAUCAAAAUAUAAUAAGUCUACGUACUAUGACAUAAAAAAUACAUGCAGUCAAAUAUAUUUGCACUUUGGUAUGUACCACAUGGAUGUUGAGAAAAAAAAAAGUUGUGUUAAAAGAAGAAAAAGAAACCAAAUGUCACUGUUACUGCUGCUAUAACAAUGUGCAUGUCUCACUCAUUUCCUGUCCUUGUUGGUGUCCAAUCUUCAAUUUGUAGUCCAGUGAUUAAACUUAAGUCUGCUUGCAGUGUCACUGAACAGAAUCCAUCUAUUGUAUAUUCACUAACGCUGCUUGUGAAAAGGGGUGGAUGGAUUUCAUUUGGGCUCUCUGAGUGGGACUUGCAGAUGGGGGUUGGUUGGAAAUGUUUUGUUGCAAAGAGUUCAGCUGAAGAUGCACGAUUGGAUUUAGUGUUCAGAUUUUAAAUGGUUCAAUAAGUUUAAGACGCAGGUUAGCUGAGAAGUCUUACAAUUUUUGCUAAAUGUGAAAGUUAAAAUAUUGCUUGGUUUGAGGCAUUUCUGUUGUUUACCUUUGAGUCAGGUGCUUGGAAGUAAAUGGUUGAAGGACUAUUAACUUCUGAAGGUAUCUCACAAAUGUAAAGAUGUGAUAUAUUUUCCAUAAAUCAAUAAAUUGACUGAGCUUU